GUCGCUCUUCCGCAACCUGGGUUUCUCGAUGGUAUAGUGGAUGACCCAUUACAGAGUCCCACAGAACCAUCGAAGAUAAAACAAUGCGACACCAGAGAAAAGGACCGGCACUCAGAGAGCCUCUCUAGCCUGACCCAGACCCUAUUCUCUGUAUUCUUCAGGAUAAAGGGACCCGAGAGCGAGAGAUAUGCUUCGAGUUAGCAGGAGGAAGCUCGCCGUGACGCUCUGGCCGCAAGCCGACCGCUUCUCGGUGGCUCCCGGAGGACCGGGUGGGCUGUGUAUUCGAGAGCCGCAAACUGGGACUGCACAGUGAGAAGGCAGAAGUUUCCACCCAGACAUUCCUGUGCUGGGCUCAGGCCCUGCUGUGACAGAGCAGAGAUAUGGCUGCCCACUGGACACCAUGAAUCCACGGGGCAAUGGAACCAGAGGCUGGACCAGGAGCUGACCACAAGCCAGGGGUCUAGAAGUGCUUGGGACAGAGCUGAAGUCAUGGCCCCACCACCAGCACUGCCACUGGCUUCCAGUACUCCAAUCCUGCACGGCGAGUUUGGUUCCUACCCAGCGCAUGGCCCCCGGUUUGCUCUCACCCUUACAGUGCAAGCCCUGCACAUACAGCGGCUGCGCCCAAAGCCAGAAGCCCGGCCCCGUAAUGGCCUAGUCCCUCUGUCAGAGGUCUCAGGCUGUGGCACUCUGCAGAGCCGCAGCCCCUCAGACACUGCAGCCUACUUCUGUGUCUACACCUACCCACGGUGCCGGCGCAGGGGCCGAUGCAGAGCUAUUCGGACCUUCCGGGCUGAUGGCGCGGCCACUUACGAGGAGAACCGUGCAGAAGCCCAGCGCUGGGCUACUGCCCUCAUGUGUCUCCUUCGAGGAGUACCUCUGUCUGGGGAGCAGGAAAUCACCCCUGAACUGCUGCCCCGGAGGCCAAGGCUGCUUAUAUUGGUUAAUCCUUUUGGGGGGCGGGGCCUGGCCUGGCAGCGCUGUAUGGACCACGUGGUGCCCAUGAUCUCCGAGGCUGGACUGUCCUUUAACCUCAUACAGACAGAACGACAGAACCAUGCCCGUGAGCUGGUCCAGGGAUUGAGCCUCAGUGAGUGGGAAGGCAUCGUCACUGUUUCUGGAGAUGGGUUGCUUUAUGAGGUGCUGAACGGGCUCCUUGAUCGUCCAGACUGGAAAGAUGCCGUGCGGAUGCCCAUUGGGGUCCUCCCCUGCGGUUCCGGCAAUGCCCUAGCUGGGGCGGUUAACCACCAUGGCGGGUUUGAGCCUGCUGUCGGUGUUGACCUGCUGCUCAACUGCUCGCUGCUUCUCUGCCGCGGUGGCAGCAAGCCUCUGGACCUGCUCUCCGUCACGCUAGCCUCAGGAUCCCGCUGUUUUUCCUUCCUGUCAGUGGCCUGGGGAUUCCUGUCAGAUGUGGACAUUCACAGCGAGCGUUUCAGGGCCCUGGGCAGUGCUCGAUUCACCCUGGGUGCAGUGCUAGGCCUGGCCACAUUGCAUACCUACCGUGGACGCCUCUCCUACCUCCCCGCUGCCACAGAGCCAGCUUUGCCCAUCCCAGGCCAUAGCCUGCCUCGAGCCAAGUCAGAACUAGUCUUGGCCCCAGCCCCAGCCCCAGCCGCCACCCACUCGCCCCUACAUCGUUCGGUGUCUGACCUGCCCCUGCCUCUGCCCCAACCUGCCUUGACCUCCCCUGGCUCUCCUGAACCUCUACCUGGUCUUUCCCUCAAUGGUGGUGGUCCAGAACUGACUGGAGACUGGGGGGGAGCUGGAGACGCACCUCUGUCCCCAGACCCACUGCUUCCUUCACCCCCCAAUUCUCCCAAAACAGCUCAGCUUUCACCCAUCAGUGAAGCACCCCCAGAAAUGCCAGCAUCCUCAGGGUCCCCGCCUCCCACCUCCAAUGCUCCAAAAGUCUCCACCUGGGGCCCAUCUGACCACCUGCUGCCUCCCCUGGGCUCUCCCCUGCCCCCAGACUGGGUGACAGUAGAGGGCGAGUUUGUGCUCAUGUUGGCCAUCUUGCCCAGCCACCUCGGUGCAGACCUGGUGGCCGCCCCACAUGCUCGAUUUGAUGACGGCGUGGUGCACCUGUGCUGGGUGCGCAGCGGCAUUUCACGAGCUGCACUACUGCGUAUUUUGCUGGCCAUGGAGCACGGAAACCACUUCAGUCUGGGCUGCCCGCACCUGAGCUAUGCUGCAGCUCGAGCUUUCCGCCUCGAGCCACUCACGCCUCGUGGCGUGCUCACUGUGGACGGGGAGCUAGUGGAGUACGGGCCAAUGCAGGCGCAGGUGCAUCCCAGUCUCGCCACGCUGCUCACUGGGCCUGCGGGUCAAAAGCCGUAAACUUAAAGGAGCCUGAAAUAUUACAAGGUGGUGGGACCACAGUACCAUUGGCUAUGGCCUGGCUUUUAUAGGUAGAAGCGACACCAGGAUUCGCAGUAGCAAGGGUGGAUACUGGUCCUGACCCUCAAUUCCCAGAGGACCUAGCGGCUGAGGGUGGGGCCUGCCUUCUUUGCUGUCCAAUGAUGGGGCCUAGAAUGUAUGAGCUAGCAAGGCCUCAGCUCAUUGGCCAGCCAGGGUUUCUUUCCUACUCCGGUGCCUCCGUUUGAUGGGCCAAUCAGCCCUUGAGGGGCAGGUUCCCCCAGCCAGGAUUUGCACUAAUGGUCCACCCCUUGCCGGUUGGGGGUGGGAAAUUUCACUUCUCAUGUUGUAUGUCUUGUGUGUCCCUGGUCUAAAAAGCAAUUGAAAAGGUCUAUGCAAUAAAAGCGUCGCUCUCUUCGUCGCCCUU